UCCUAGAAACAGCAAGUAAGCAGCUCAACCCUGCCUGAACUUUCCCUGUAAACACAGACCGGUGACAGAACGGCAUCCCUGCUGGGUGGAUCCUGCAACUCCUAGAGGGAAUGACACUUCUUUUUAAUUAGCAAGGUGAAAGGUGAAUUAAAACUCGCUGUUUGGCAAGUCGGUGCAAGAGGCUGACUUCUGAGAGGCUUUAAAGAGCCAGAAAAGAAGAGCUUCACUGGGGGGAAGGCACUGCCUGUGCUGGGGGCUUUUUUUCCUCAAUGAACCGCUCGCAGAAGUGACUAAAAAAUACAGUUUCUUCCUGAAUCUACCCGCGUAGUUACUGGAGACAGCGCUAGACAGGACAUGACUCUGAAGACUCCUUCCUUGGAAUGUCCUCUUGCUCCAGGCUUAUAAACAACUGUCCUGUGGAAAGCCAGGUUUUGCAUAUCUAAAUACCGCCUGACAAAUGGCACUUUGGAACUGUGCUUUCUGAUGACAACGCGUUCAAUUUCUGACAAAGCCUCUCCCACGCUGCCCCUGGAGGGGAGUCCUAAGUAAAACUCAAACCCGCCUUAAAUUGAGGAUCAGAGGGCUUGCACCGCGAGCACGGCAGCAUGGCAUCUGCUGGGUGCCUUCUCACCUGGCUCCUAUGGGGUUACUUACUGGAGCUCAGAGCAGGAGGUCACACAGCUGAUACCACUCACCCCCGGUUACGCCUGACACAUAAAGAGCUCUUGGAAUUAAACAGAACAUCAAUCUUUCAUAGCCCUUUUGGAUUUCUUGAUCUCCAUACAAUGCUGCUGGAUGAAUAUCAAGAGAGACUCUUUGUGGGAGGCAAGGAUCUUGUGUAUUCCCUCAGCUUGGAACAAAUCAGCAAUGGCUACAAAGAGAUACACUGGCCUAGUACAGCACUAAAAAUAGAAGAAUGCAUAAUGAAGGGAAAAGACUCAAGUGAAUGUGCAAAUUAUGUUCGGGUUUUACAUCACUACAAUAGGACACACCUUCUGACCUGUGGUACUGGAGCUUUUGACCCACUUUGUUCCUUCAUCAGAGUUGGAUACCAUUUGGAGGAUCCCCUGUUUCACCUGGAAUCGCACAGAUCUGAGAGAGGAAGGGGCAGGUGUCCUUUUGAUCCCAGCUCCUCCUUCAUCUCCACUUUAAUUGGUAGUGAAUUGUUUGCUGGACUCUACAGUGACUACUGGAGCAGAGAUGCUGCCAUCUUCCGGAGCAUGGGACGACUGGCCCAUAUUCGCACCGAGCAUGAUGACGAGCGCCUACUGAAAGAACCAAAAUUUGUAGGUGCAUAUAUGAUUCCUGACAAUGAAGACCGAGAUGACAACAAAGUGUAUUUCUUUUUUACUGAGAAGGCCCUGGAGGCAGAACACAAUGCCCAUGCAAUUUACACCAGAGUGGGGCGACUUUGCAUGAAUGAUGUGGGAGGACAGAGAAUACUGGUGAAUAAGUGGAGCACUUUCCUAAAAGCGAGACUGGUUUGCUCAGUACCAGGAAUGAAUGGGAUUGAUACAUAUUUUGAUGAAUUAGAGGAUGUAUUUUUGCUGCCUACCAGAGAUCAUAAGAACCCAGUGAUAUUUGGACUCUUUAACACUACCAGUAAUAUAUUUAGAGGGCAUGCUAUAUGUGUCUAUCAUAUGUCUAGCAUCCGGGCAGCUUUUAAUGGACCGUACGCACAUAAAGAAGGACCUGAGUACCACUGGUCACUCUACGAAGGAAAAGUCCCUUAUCCCAGGCCUGGUUCUUGUGCCAGCAAAGUGAAUGGAGGGAGGUACGGGACCACGAAAGACUAUCCCGAUGAUGCUAUCCGAUUUGCGAGAAGCCAUCCACUUAUGUACCAGCCUAUAAAACCUGCCCAUAAAAAACCAAUACUGGUAAAAACAGAUGGAAAAUAUAACCUGAAACAAAUAGCAGUGGAUCGAGUAGAAGCGGAGGAUGGACAAUAUGAUGUCUUGUUUAUUGGGACAGAUAAUGGAAUUGUGCUGAAAGUAAUCACAAUUUACAACCAAGAAACAGAAUCAAUGGAAGAAGUAAUUCUAGAAGAGCUUCAGAUAUUCAAGGAUCCAGUUCCUAUUAUUUCUAUGGAGAUUUCUUCAAAGAGACAACAGCUAUACAUUGGAUCUGCUUCUGCCGUGGCCCAAGUCAGAUUCCAUCAGUGUGACAUGUACGGCAGUGGUUGUGCCGACUGCUGCCUGGCUAGAGACCCUUACUGUGCCUGGGAUGGCAUAUCCUGUUCCCGGUAUUACCCAACAGGCACACAUGCAAAAAGGCGGUUCCGCAGACAAGACGUUCGGCAUGGAAAUGCAGCUCAGCAGUGCUUUGGACAGCAGUUUGUUGGGGACGCUUUGGAUAAGACUGAAGAACGACUGGCCUAUGGCAUAGAGAACAACAGUACUUUGCUGGAAUGUACUCCACGAUCUCUGCAAGCAAAAGUUAUCUGGUUUGCACAGAAAGGACGUGACACAAGAAAAGAGGAGGUAAAGACAGAUGACAGAGUGGUUAAGAUGGACCUUGGUUUACUCUUCCUAAGAGUACGCAAAAUGGAUGCUGGUACCUAUUUUUGCCAGACAGUAGAGCAUAGUUUUAUCCACACUGUCCGUAAAAUCACCCUGGAGGUAGUGGAAGAGGAGAGGGUAGAGGAAAUGUUUAACAAAGACUAUGAAGAGGACGGGCCUCACAAGAUGCCUUGUCCGGCUCAGAGCAGCAUCCCACAGGGAGCAAAACCGUGGUACAAGGAGUUCUUGCAGCUGAUUGGUUACAGCAACUUCCAGAGAGUGGAAGAAUACUGUGAAAAGGUAUGGUGCACAGAUAAGAAGAGGAAGAAGCAUAAAAUGUCACCUUCCAAGUGGAAAUAUGCCAACCCCCAGGAAAAGAAGCUCCGUCCCAAAGCCGAGCACUACCGCCUGCCCAGGCACACGCUGGACUCCUGAUGGGGGAAGCCAUCGCCUGGCUUCUGAAGAAUUUAUAUUUGGAACCAAAAGACAGAGAGAGAGAGAGAGAGAGAGAGAGAGAGAGAGAGAGAGAGAGAGAGCAUCUAACUUCUUUGCAUUACGUAAACAAGAUUUCUGUAAUACAGAAAUGACUAUAAAGGUGUUAUGAUAAAUUAUUCUACAUACUCAUCUGGUUAAAUAUCACAUAAAAUUAACUAAUUUUUUAAAAUAAAUGUAUUGCUCAGUGGUUUCAUGUUGUAUUUAUCAAAAAGUGAUCAUAAUUGUAGUUUUGAGUACUUGGCUGCUUUUUCCAGGGUAAUUAUUAUUUUACCCUUGGAAGACUGAAGAUUAUUGGAACAUUGAUAAAAAGUUAAAUAUUUUAAUAAUAACGGAAUAAAUAAAAAUAAAUGUUUUAAUCUUUCUGAAUUUUCCCUUUCCACCACCAUGUAAAAUAUGCAUAAUAUCAGAUACUUUAACAUUUUCAUGUAAACUGUACUUUUUAAGAAUUCCUGUAUUAGUGUUGUCAAAGCCAUGAGUUUUAUGAAGCAGGUUGUGUUGUAAUUAUUGCAAACCAUGAAAGAAAACUUGUGGUCACCUUGAGGCUUGUGCCCUUCAUAAAACAUUUAUUAAACCACAUUCACAAUAGUUAUGUUUCAUGAUGAAAACACAUCCUUUCAAUUUCACUCCAUUGCAGAAGAAUGAAGUGAAGGUAACUUCUCCAAAAGAUAUCAAAGAAUGUCAGAAUAGAUGGAGUUACAGUUAGAACGCUAACCGAAAAAAAUUUUGCUGCCCUCUUCUGGGAGAAAAAGUAUAUUCUCUUGGUUUUGUUUUUGUUUUUGUUUUUUUUAACUCUACAGUUUGUUUAAAGAUUUGAAAGCAAUUUCUUAGUAACUACAUCUAAUCCAUUUUCAGGGAAAAAAAAAAGCACUAACUGAAAAAUGUGUUAAGGCUUAUGUCAUACUUUAAGAUGGAGAUAACAUGUUUUUGAAUAAUUUAUUACCUCACAAUCCAAAAUGACGAUAAUACAGCGCUCAUAAAAACUUAAAUUUUAUGCCUUCUAAAUAAUCUUCCCUGAAAUCUAAAAUAUAUUUGAGAAACAUAACUUUUUUUCAUAAGAAAAUGUUAAAGUAUUUUGCUUUGUUAUCAAAUUUUCCUAGUUUGUAUUAACAAAUAGGAAAAUGAUUUCAUGAGUUCACUUAACUACCAAGAUGUUCAGAGCACUUUUACUUUGCUCUUAUAAAUAUUAUCAAGAGAUUUUAUUUUUGAAAAUGUUUAUUCCCUGAAGCUUUUUCCUCCUAUUUUAUUUAGCAAUUACCUUUCUAACAUAUAAAAUUUUUGAGAUUUUUUUCAUUUAAAUAAAAAUAAAUAGCAAACGACUUACACAUGAAAACAUGUAUGAAUAUUUAAAUGUUAAUUUUAAAUAUUCAUUUUCGUUUUCAAAAUUAGCUUAUAGGCUAUAUAAUUGAGAAAGUGAAAGUAUUGAGAACAUGUAAUGUCUUUCAAUUUCAUUCUAAUAUUAAAUACAUAAAUGUUUUAGGAAAGUUUAAGAGGUUAAUUCAUUAAGCCACCAAGCUGCAAAAAAUCGAAAGGAUACAAAUAUAUAGAAAUAUCAUUUUCUAAAAACCCAGUUGCUAUUUACAUAAGGAUCCACUGGAGGUCAUUGCUGCUCACCAAUAUUUACUGAAAACAGAAUGUAUUGAAAGUUAUGUUUAAAAAGCUGUAUUUCAGUAAAAGCUGCCUAAUGUGGAGAAAAAGUACCGUAACCACAGAUUACAGGAUCCUUAGCAAAGUUAUGUCCAAAAUACUCAAAGUGAACAGGUAAGUCAAUAAAGCACUAUUUACUGAAAAUAUCCUUCCUUUCACACAAGACAAGGGAAAGCAGGGUUUUCUACUGUAUUUGAAUUAUAAGAAAAGUAAGGUAGAUAUGGCAUAAGUAGUUAUUUUAAUCUCAAUAUCACAAACAAGCAGUUAAUAUUAAUGAUGACAAAUGAUGUCACUUGAAACCAAAAAGAUUUGGUAGCUGAAGUGCUAAAACUGAGGAAAAUAACUUUUCUAUGACAUGUCUUAAGGAUUGAAUGAACCUGCAUGCUGUUUGAUUAACUGAGAUUACUAUUAGCCAGAAAAUGAAAUACUUUACAUAAAAUGCUAAAUUUGAUUCUGGAAAAAUAAAUACAACCCAAAACUUUUUAAAAUGCUGAUUUGAAAGAGUUCUGAUAAGAAAAUUUUGAGUACUCAAUUCAACAAUUUAGGGAAAACACAAAAUUUAUAUAUACAGAGGGCACCAAAAAAAUGUAUACACAUUUUAAGAAAGGAAAAAAACUAUGAAAAAAUUGUAAUAAUAUAUACUGAUAA